UGUGGUAAAAGAUUUCCGUUGCCGCGGAGGCAGUCGAGGGGGAAAUGGCUGUUGCGUUUGUCGAAGUCGGCCUGUCACGCUCACUGUUUUGUGUUUGUUCUUGCUGACAGUACCGUCCACGGUGAAUCAUGAGGGGGAAAACAGUGCCUCCUUGGCAGAACUGUGCACUGUACUUGACACAACCUGGAUUAAUUGAUUGUCGAUCAUUGCUUCCUCUCAUCAUUCCGUGAUUAAGCAGCUUUUUACCAUGGGAAGGUUCUAUAUCUCCUGCUUAUUCCCGGCUUCAUGGCAUUUCAGCUUAUCUCCAUCGACCUGUCCACGUCCUUUCAACAGCACCUUUCGUCAGUUGACAGCUCUUGUAUUGCUCACUAUUUUCAUAUCUCUACUGUAUGUUCUGCUGGUCUUGGAUAAGAAUCGCUGGGGACGUUUGUACCAGGACAGAGGAGAUAGGUACUUUACCAAAUUGACAGACAUGGAGGCCACUGAUAUCAAGAACCCUUAUUUAAACUACGGCAUUGUGAUAGACUGUGGAAGCAGUGGCUCAAGGCUCUUUGUGUACUGCUGGCCAAGACACAAUGGGAAUCCACAUGAUCUGCUUGAUAUCAAACAGAUGAGGGGCAGGAACAGACAGCCUGUGGUGAUGAAGAUCAAACCAGGUAUAUCAGACCUGGCAGCCACACCAGAGAAAGCUAGUGAUUACUUGGCACCCCUGUUGAAUUUUGCUGCAGAUCAUAUUCCUCAUUCAAAACACCAAGAGACUCCUUUAUAUAUCCUGUGCACUGCUGGGAUGAGGAUUUUACCUGAGAACCAGCAAAAUGCCAUCCUUGAAGAUCUCCGUACAGAUAUUCCUCUCAACUUCGAUUUCCUGUUUGCAGACUCACAUGCAGAGGUCAUUUCAGGCAAACAAGAAGGAGUUUACGCUUGGAUUGGGAUCAAUUUUGUCCUGGGACGGUUUGACCACAUCAGUGAUGGUGAGGAUUCGGUUGUGGAAGUCAACCUUCCUGGUACUGAGGCCCAGGCAGCUGUCCUCCGGAAGAGGACAGCUGGCGUAUUGGACAUGGGAGGGGUUUCUACUCAGAUAGCCUAUGAAGUGCCCAAAACUGUAAGCUUUGCCUCUUCACAACAGGAAGAGGUGGCCAAGAACCUGCUGGCAGAGUUCAACCUGGGCUGUGAUGCCCAUCACACAGAGCAUGUGUACCGAGUCUAUGUCACCACGUUUCUGGGUUUCGGUGGGAAUGCUGCCAGAAAGCGUUACGAGGAACAAAUCAUCCACAAGAUCACAUUGACAAACAGGUUGCUGGGGCAGAAGACUGGCUUGACAGAGGAAAUCCCAUACUUGGACCCCUGUUUGCCAGUUGAUAUCAAGGACGAAAUUCAUCAAGGUGGACGCACUGUGUAUUUACGAGGACUGGGAGAUUUCAAUUGGUGUCGACAAAUGAUUAGCCCCUUCUUAAACAAAACCAAUGAGACUUCAACAUCGCUCAGUGGGAUCUACCAGCCCCAAGUCGAUUAUCAGAACAGUGAAUUCUAUGGUUUCUCUGAAUUCUAUUAUUGCACUGAAGACGUCUUGCGCAUGGGCGGUCACUAUGAUGUUGCUAAAUUCACCAAAGCUGCUAAGGAUUAUUGUGCGACAAAGUGGACAAUCCUGAAGGAACGUUUUGACCGUGGCUUGUACUCCAGUCAUGCAGACCUCCACAGACUGAAGUACCAGUGUUUCAAGUCAGCGUGGAUGUACGAGGUUCUGCAUAGUGGAUUUUCCUUUCCUGUGAAUUACACCAACUUGAAAACAGCCCAGCUGGUUUAUGACAAGGAAGUUCAAUGGACGCUUGGGGCAAUUCUCUACAGGACACGUUACUUACCCCUGAGGGACAUUCAACUGGACAACUUCAAAGGAAACCAUACACACUGGAGGGGCUUCUCCUUCGUCUACAAUCAUUAUUUAUUUUUUGGCUGUUUCCUGGUCGUCCUCUUGUCCAUCCUCCUUUACCUGCUGCGCCUGAGGCGGAUCCACCGAAGGAUGCCACACAGCAUGUGGAUAGGCGAAGGCGGGCUACCUCAGAUGCCAGAAGUUGCCUGAUAGUCGGUGACCAGGGUGCAAAAUGGUAGUAGGGUUGUGCGGGGGGGGGCAGGUAUAAGGCAGGAGCUGGUUUUUCCAUGACUUACAGAAGUUGCAGAGGCCAAUAAUGCAAUUUUUGGAAACUGAAACAGAAAAGGGCUGCAGACGCACAGCGGGCCCGUGGAAAAGGGCUGGAGAUGCAGCUUCGUGAGUGGUCAGAAAUAUCCCUGUCUUUUUCAGACACUGACAGACUUUACCAUACAUUUGUCUGUGCUUGUUGCAGGAGCACGGUUGGAGCAGAAUCGACAAGCUGUAAAUACAUGAUUAACUUCAUGUUUGAAAUUUGUAUGACACUCCUUGAUGAGCCAGCAAACUCCGCAAUUCCAUUUAAUUAUAGAAAUAAAUAUCAAAACAAAGGAAGUGCAAUCAUCCAGAUUAGUGAUGUUAAGAAGCAGUGUUUUCUGUCUGUCUUCAUACACAAUUCAGAAAACCUUGUUAUUUUGGCCUGAGCUAUGUCUGAGUGACUGCAGGGACAGCAGGUCACGAGGCAAAAGUGAGCCCAGUAGAAAUGCAUUGUAAUACAGCAGCUGCUAUGAAGUUUUCAACAAUCAGAAACUCUUCAUUAUAUUUAUUUAUAACUGCAGUAAAUAGCAAUGAAGUCAGUGCAUCUGUUACCUCAAAAUCGGUGAUAUGACAGACCACAUCACAAACAAUAAAUCUAUUUAUAAAAUGA